AUUUCAUUGCACCGAGGCCUGACUAAAUGCAGGCUUUAGAAAGUAAGAUUCAAGUUAGAGGCAGAAAUUAUCCUUGUAUUCAAAGAAAACAGAGAAUAAACACAAAAUAUAUCAAAUAUUUAAAGAAACAACAUAGUAUUGUACAUGAAAUGGGCAAAAUUAGGAAAAUUACCUUUCACAGACAGCUCCAGGAAGUGGGUUACCUAAAACCAGGUGAACAGCAUUGCCUCCAAUCAGACUCAACCAGCAGCAGAGCAGCAAAGCUUCUCAAUGCUUCAAUUCUUUGGGUUGACAACACUACUACAACUUUAAGAUUUUAAGAUCCUGUUUUGACAGGGACCUGGGAAGAAGCUGUCCAUCAUGCUGGGCAAUAUUGCUCUUUACUCAAGAUCUCUGGUUGUCUCCUUGCUGCUCUGUUCAGUCGUCAUGUCGUUUAUCAUAUCAGAUGCGGCAAGAGCCAGUCCCAUGACAACCCAAGAGGACAACAGAGUGAAGCACAAUAUCCUGAGCUCACUGUUCCCUCCAUAUAGCCAACGUCAUCCCCUCUCUACUGGUCCAAUGUCAACUGAAACUGGACUCCAAACUGGAACUAAUGAUGAAACUGAUAUGAGUUGGAAUUCCAGAGGAGCUUUGUCAAUCAUUGACCAUCGAUCAAACCCUCAGCAGUUUAUCAAAAGUAACUUUGGUUACUAUCAAAACAACCAAGAUAACAGACAAGCAGGAAUAACCAGAGUUCCAGGUGAGGCUAGGCCAGGGAGCAGCACUUUCAGCAGUCACUCUCAGAACAGUGGGCAGAGAUUUGAGAGGCCACAAUCCAGAUUAAAUUACCAUUCUCCCUCUCAGAAAGUAGGCCAAACUGUAAAUUCUUAUAAUUCAUACCCACCGAUAAUUAGAAAAUCAUCUCAGAAAGAAGCUGGAAGUCCCUUUUAUCAAGUGUGGGUCCCCACAGAUGCUCAGAAAUCCAACGACAGAAAGGUUCCUAGAAACAACUCCCCAAAGUUGGCUAUGGAUAAAACAGCUUUGCCAUUACAGACCAGUGAAUAUUGGAGUACUUCACUGCCAAGUCCUAGAGGGCAUUACAGUGGCUAUAAAGAGACAGAUGAGCUUGCUGCGGUCAGAGCGCAGAGUACAUCUACUGGGGUUCAAUCAAGCAAAUACCGUGGCUUUUCAAGUCAAACUGCCCCUCAUGUGCCAUCAAUCAGCGUCAGCUUGGACGAGUCGGUUAUUAAACACAACCCCAGCCCAGAAAAACUGACACCAUCCAUCACAGAUUUCUCACAGGGGCUGAACUCAGUGACCAGCAGUAAAACUCUAAAACACAAAAGGAUCCAGUCGUAUCUCUUCAAAGACUCCCAGACCUCAUUAGAGUCAGUUAAUGCAGUAACAGGUAGGGAAGAAGCUUUAAGUGCACUGAGGCCCUCUGAUGCACACGAUUACGGCAGAUUUGCUUCAAAUGUUAAACAAUUACACAGAAAAAAUCCAACCAAGAAAGAUCCUGACAUGAAUGUGGCCCAGACAGACAGUUUUACCAAGAAUCAACUCAUCCCAAGCAUAUAUCCUCCCACUCAGCUCUCCUUGUAUCCUGCCUCAGGAAAAGGUAGGACUGUAGAGAUUUUUGUCCCUGAUCGUCACGCAGCUUCCCAGGGUAACUCUGCCACUAGCAGCAAGAAAUCUGUGGUAGAAAGCCUAGUUAAUGCAACUACAAGGGGGUUAUUCCAUGGUUACAAACCAGGACAAUCCAUGAAAAACAUCUAUGGCAUUAGAGGGUUUGAAAAGCCUGUGUGGCCAGCUUCGAAGGAGCAUGCCUCCAGUAGAAGGAUCAACUCUAGACAAUACAGUUUUGACAAAGGAAAGGACUACAAGUUUAAAAUUGCAAAUACAUAUCCCUCUUUGUCACCAAAGUACAGCUUUGGCCAGAGAAGAGCUUCUACAACGUCUACUAUGACUACAAAUCCUAAGUGGACACACACAGAUUAUUCACCGCCUUCUUCUGGCUCUUUAGAUCUAAUCCAAACAACAGCUGUUUCUACUCCAGGGCUGUUCAGAUCAGAUUUUAAGGACGUCCAGCCUCUGCUGCCUGAACGUGAUGCCAGUAAAGACAGCAGCCCAGAUCAGAGACAAUUCAGGAUCUCCAAAAGGAUAUAUGGUCUCAAAGGAUUUGGCACUCGACCACUUGAGGGAGCCAAACCUUUAGUUAAAGAGCAAGAUACGUCUGGCACAUUUGAGAAAGGUUUUGGACCUAGGAGUUCACAGAUCUGGCAACUCAAAAGGAGCAGGAUUCACAGAUGGUACAAUCGAACAGGUGAAACUGAGCCAGAGACCAGCAAUAUAUCCUCACAGAGACGAAAUGAGCUAAGCAGUGAAGACUUUAAACCACUUCUACAGACUGAAGGAAACAGUGAAUCAGUCGAGCACAACAGGUUUACACCAGACAAAUACAAAAAGAACAGAAAAAUCUACUCUUUUCUGGGAUUUCAACCCAUUCAAAACAGAAUUGGAAAUGCACAUAAGACGUACACAGAGAAAAUUCCAAAGACAGUCUCUUCAGCUUAUCUCAGAUCAGUAGGGGGCCUCAGAGUUGAAUCCAGCCCAAAAUCUGAGCCAAGAACGCCCAGCAAAGCCAAAGCCAAACCUGUGGCAAUGAGGGCGAGUCUGCUCAACGGUUCCACCAGCAGCAUGGUGAGAGCGAGACGUGUGAAAGAGAAACACGUCAACAGCAAAAAGCUCAAUGAGUCUACCUCUCUGACUGGUGGUGCUGUAAGUGCAGCCAUCGUCAGGCUGCCCAAGCCAAUCCCCACCGCAGUCAAAGAUGUCACAUACGCUGCCAUUCUCGGAAGUGCUUCAUUCAGCAGUGUCAGAGCUACAACCCAGGUGCCACUCACACCGGCUGAUAAGGAUUAUUUUCCAAACGCUACCGCUACGACCAAGCAGAAAGAAGUGGUGGGUAACUGGACCUUAAACUCUGAUGAUGGAGGGCACAGUAGGGAGAACAUGAGCAGAAGUCCUGAAGCAAAGGCUGAAGAAGAGGUUGAAGACUUAAGCAGUGUUGAGGAAAACAAGCCUGGCUUUAAAAGCAGGAAAUCUGACAGUGGAAUGAAAACAUUUGACUGCUUUCUUGGAUAGCGAAGGAAGUGGAAGUGGAGUUUUUAAUCUGUCCUGAUGUAGAUGUUUUGUCAACUGAUACGAGACAGGGACUUGGUGAGGAUUUGUUAGAGCUUGAUUACCUACGAAUAUCAACUGGAAACAUCUCCUUCAAGUCAGUGCAACUGUCCCAUGCUGAGAAAUGAUGGAAAGUUGUUGAAUUGUUGUGAACAAGCCCAAUAAAAGCUGAAAAAGUG